CGUCGCGCGAAGAACGACUUCCGCGAUGUCGGCGCAACCCGCGGACCUCGUCCCCGCCGUGGAGGCGUACCUCGCCGCGAACGGCCUGAACGACACCCUCAGCGCGCUGAAGUCGGAGGCGAAGAAGAAGAACCUCACGCCGAGCAAGACGGCGAGUCCCCCGAUUCCGAUCCAAUCAUCUCAUCGCGCUCUUCGUCGUCCCCGAGACGCCGCCCACCGCCCGACCGUCCGCGCUGACGUCUCCUCCGUCCCCCGCGUCUUCUCGCGAUCCGAUCAGGCGAAGAACCUCGACGCGGACCUCGUCGAGAUCGCGAACGUUUUCAUCGAGGCCAGAGGCACGAAGCGCAAGGCGGAGUCCUCGUCCUCGUCCUCGUCCUCGGACAGCGACAGCGACAGCGACGCGAAGCCCGCGGCGAAGAAGGCGAAGACCGCGGCGAAGUCGUCGUCGUCGUCGUCGUCGUCGUCCUCCUCCUCCUCCUCGAAAUCAAAGUCAAAGUCCAAGUCGAAGUCGAAGAGCGAGAGCGAGAGCAAGUCGAAGAGCAAGUCCAGCAGCUCGUCGUCGUCGUCGUCGUCGUCCAGCUCGAAGUCUAAGAGCAAAUCGAAGUCGAAGAGCGCGUCGAAGUCAAAGUCGAAGUCGUCGUCAUCGUCGUCCUCGUCGUCGUCGUCCGAUUCGGACUCGGACUCGGACGCCGCCGACGAAAAGAAACCCGCCGCCGCCGCCGCGGAGGAGGAUGAAAAGAAGUCAAGCAGCAGCAGCAGCAGCAGCUCAUCUUCCUCGUCUUCGGACAGCGACGGCGACGCGAAGCCGACGGCGAUGGAGACGGACGAGAAGAAGGACGACUCGAGCAGCUCUAGCUCGUCGUCGUCUUCCUCGUCGAAAUCCAAGUCGAAAUCCAAGUCGAAGUCGAAGAGCAAGUCGAAGAGCAAGUCGAAGAGCAAGUCUUCGUCGUCGUCUUCGUCGUCUUCGUCGUCUUCGUCGUCAUCCUCGGACAGCGACAGCGACAGCGACGAGAAGCGCGCGGCGGCGGCGGCGGCGACCGAGGCGGAGAAGGACGACUCUUCGUCUUCCUCCUCCAGUUCUUCUUCGUCCGAGUCCGAGUCGAAGUCCAAGUCCAAGUCCAAGUCCAAGUCGAAGUCGAAGUUGAAGAGCAAGUCUUCUUCUUCUUCUUCUUCUUCUUCUUCUUCUUCUUCUUCUUCUUCUUCUUCUUCUUCUUCGAGCUCGUCGUCUUCCGACUCGGACUCCGACAGCGACGAGAAGCCCGCGGCGAAGGCGGAGGAGAAGAAGGACGACUCGAGCUCGUCUUCCUCGUCCUCGUCCUCCUCUUCCUCCAAGUCCAAGUCCAAGUCGAAGUCCAAGUCCAAGUCGAAGUCGAAGUCGUCGAGCAGCUCUUCGUCCUCCGACUCGGACUCGGACUCGGACAGCGACGAGAAGCCCGCGGCGAAGGCGGAGGACGCGAAGGCGGCGUCCAGCAGCAGCAGCAGCAGCUCCUCUUCCAGCGAUUCGAAGAGCGAGGAGAAAACGAAGGCGGCGGUUCCCAAGCCGGACUCGUCGUCGUCCGACAGCGACAGCGACAGCGACUCGAAGAGCGCGUCGAAGUCGAAGUCGAAGUCGAAGAGCGAAUCGAAGAGCGGCGGCGGCGGCGGCGGCAGCAGCAGCAGCAGCAGCAGCAGCAGCAGCAGCAGCAGCAGUUCGUCGUCGGAGGAAGAAGAGAAGCCCGCGGCGAAGAAGGCGAAGCCCGCGGCGAAGGAGAAAUCCGCGCCCGGCGCGGAGGAGAACAGGAGGGUGACGCGGAGCCAGGCGGCGAAACCGUUUCAACGGUGA